UCCCGGUUGAGCUCUCGCCGGUUCAGAUGCGUUCCUCCGCUCCGGUUGGACUCCGCGCGCGUGCCGUGCCGCGCUGCUCCCAUUUUGCUUGUAGUUUUCCGCAUUAUUUCCAGGUCAGAGGCGCGGCGCUUCCUGUGCGGCGCGUGCGUGCGGACUGAAGAUGGCCGCAGAUGGAGGCGCUCUGAAGGAUAUCAAUGAAAUUAAAUCGCAGUUCCGGACUCGCGAGGGAUUCUACAAGCUGCUCACCCUCUCGGACUCUCAGCAGCGGGCCGGGCUGCCGCGGGGCCCCUCGGCGGGCGUCACGGGCGGCGGCGCCGGUGUUGGGCUGGUGCAGGGGCCCGGGGCCGCCAACUCCUCCCCGGGCUUCCUGCCGCCGGUGCGGGUGUCGAUGGUGAAGCUGAAGCCCGAGGACCCCAGCGAGGAUUCGGAGCGAGUGUGCUUCAACAUCGGCAGGGAACUUUACUUCUACACCUACACGAACAUCAAGAAGGCAGUGGAUCUCAGUAAGCCCAUAGACAAGCGCAUCUAUAAGGGAACUCAGCCCACCUGUCAUGACUUUAAUCAGUAUUCUGCUACGGCGGACAGCGUGGCUCUGAUCGUGGGAUUCUCUGCAGGACAGGUGCAGUACCUCGACCCCAUCAAGAAGGAGACCAGCAAGCUCUUCAACGAGGAGAGGCUGAUAGACAAAUCAAAGGUGACAUGUCUCAAGUGGCUUCCGAAGUCAGAGAACCUCUUCCUCGCAUCUCACGCCAGCGGUCACCUCUACCUCUAUAACGUGGAGCACCCAUGUGGCACCACCGUGCCGCAGUACUGUCUGCUCCGUCAAGGCGAGGGCUUCGCAGUUUACUCCUGCAAGACCAAGACGCCCCGUAACCCGCUGCUCCGCUGGGCUGUCGGCGAGGGAGGGCUAAACGAAUUUGCCUUCUCGCCCGACGGCGUUCACGUGGCCUGCGUCGGUCAAGAUGGCUGCUUGCGAGUUUUUCACUUCGACUCGAUGGAGCUUCAAGGCGUGAUGAAGAGCUACUUCGGCGGGCUUCUCUGCGUCUCCUGGAGCCCCGAUGGGAAGUAUCUUGCAACGGGUGGAGAAGACGAUUUAGUGACGGUUUGGUCGUUCGCAGAGAGUCGCGUGGUUGCGCGCGGACACGGGCACAAGUCGUGGGUCAACGUCGUCGCGUUCGACCCGUUCACGACGAAACUGGAGGACGAGGAGCCGAUGGAGCUCAGUGGUAGUGAGGAGGAUUUCCAGCAGGGGGCGCUGCACUUUGGCCGCGUGCGAACCAGUAGCACGCUCUCACGACUUUCGCGGCACAGCUCCAAAGGCGGUGCUUCGUCCGUGUCGUACCGCUUCGGAUCAGUUGGGCAAGACACGCAAUUCUGUUUGUGGGAUCUGACGGAUGAUGUUCUAUAUCCGCGGCUUCCGCUCUCCCGCGCAAUUACAAACACCUUCGGCCCUACGCUCCCGAGUGGAAGCAGCGUUGUCGAAGGUCACCACCAUCCCUCCAACCCUCAUCAGACGUCGACGUUGCCACUGCCUUUGCCUCGUUCGCUGUCGCGCUCCAAUUCCCUUCCGCAUCCCGCUGUCGCAAACACCUCCAAAAGCCAGGGGGCGACGGAGAGCAGCGUUACGAGCAGCAGCGGCGGAGGAGGAGGAGGGGGAGCAGGAGGAACAAUCACGCCGUUUAGCAUUGGACGCUUUGCAACGCUUUCUCUACAAGAGCGCAAAACGGACAAAUCCGGGGUGGGAGGGGAAAAGGAGCACAAGCGCUAUCACAGCCUCGGGAACAUCAGCAAAAGCAAUGAUAAGAUCAACGUGGCGCCGCGCAGUAACAGGCUAGAUGGCGCUAAAGUGCUGGGAACCACACUGUGUCCUCGUAUGAACGAAGUGCCGCUGCUGGAGCCACUGGUGUGCAAGAAAAUCGCCCACGAGCGGCUCACCGUUCUGGUCUUCAUGAACGACUGCAUCAUCACGGCAUGUCAGGAAGGACUCAUCUGCACUUGGGCCAGACCUGGGAAAGCGCAUCCGUCUCAGCCGCUGUCAGCACAGAACGGAAACUCUCCGAGCGGGACGGUGGUAUAACCGAAGCCUCAUUCUCGUGUCUUCAUCCGGAGCAUCACAGUGUCGAACCCAUCCAUUGAAUCCUUACCAAACCACUUCGCUUAAGUUGCACAUGAACGCAUACACACCGGGACCAUUUUGCACCGCUGCGACGCACCACGGCUCUCUCCUGCAGACAGACUGCGAGACUCUUCUGUGCAGAAACCCUGCUGGCCUCUUCUCUAGCCGAGUUUACUGUAAAAGCCACGGCCAAUUAAUUUCCGAUUUAUUUAUUUGAUCAUCGAGACUUCUAUUGUACAUAUUCAGACUACUCUAUAACGGCAGAGGACGUAUAUUGAAAUAAUGAACUCAAAUAAUUAAUAUAUGAAGAUCCUAUAUUGUACAUAGUGACAGAUGCAUUGAAUGUGGAUUGACGAGUUCUUGUUCUAGUGUGCUAGUGCUUCAGUGGUGAUCUGCCUGAGAAAGUGACUUGAGUUUUCCGCUUCAUAGAUCACAGAUGCUACUCGAGAGGGGAGGUUAGUGUCGUCUAGAAAUAGUGUCCAAUGGUAGGCCGGGUUUAUGAACCGUAAAAGUGAGAUUUUAUAUAUUUACUAAGUUUUUGGUAAGCAAAGAAUGUCACCGCUGAAUGAAAUCGGACAUUUGUGCGAUUCUCACGUGACUGUUUAGAGCUAGUCCAAACUAGAAGCGGAUCUCUUAAAAUUUGCCUUGUUGAACGCAAGACUGUGGAAGCCUGUUUCUGCCACAGAAUAAAAAAUAAAAAUGGUUAUUGCAGCUUUUUAUCUCACAAUUUAGAAAAAUGUAAUAUAUAAACUAAAAAAAAAAAAAAACUGAAUUGUGUCACCUGUUCAGAAAUAUUCUGUGGAGGAAACAAAAAACAGAAUUUGUAAAUCGUGAUUAAAAAAAGUCAGAAUUGUGGAAAGUCAAAAUUGCGAGAUACAAAAUCAGAAUUCCGAAAAAAGCUAAAAUUGCAAGAUGAACUCAGAAUUGCAAAAAAAGUCAUUGUGAAACAAACUCAGAAUUCUGGGAAAAAAGUAAAAUUGCGAGAUAUAAACUCAGAAUUCCAGAAAAAAGUUAAAAUUGCGAGAUAUAAACUCAGAAUUGCGAAAAAAUCUAAUUUGCGAGAUAUUAAAUCAGAAUUCCUGAAAAAAAUUACAAUUGUGAUAUAUAAACUCAGAAAAGCAAGAAAAAAGUUAAAAUCGCAAGAUGAACUCAGAAUUGCAAGAAAAGUCGAAGUUGUGACACAUAAACUUUGAAUUUUAAAAAAAAUUGUUAGAUAUAAACUCAGAAUUCCAAAGAAAAUAAAAGUUGUGAAAUAUAAACUCAGAAUUCUGAAAAAAGUAAAAAAAAACUUCAUGUAACCUCAGGAUUAGAAAAAAGUAAAUUCUGAGAAAAAAGGUUGCAAUUACCUUUUUGAAAAUGUUUUAUUCUGUGAUGGAAAUAAGCUUCCAUACCAGUCGGAUGUCACGGAAGGAAGAAACUUUUCUGUCGUUUGAGCAACACAUUUAACUAUUGUAGCACGGAGUAGGCACUAUUCCUUACACCUGCUAUGCCUCUUGCAAAAUUUUGCACAUUUACAGGUUGAUUUAGCUUGCUAGAGGGACCAUUUACAAGUGUCGGGAUCACCGAGAGCCAAUGUGAAGUGUGUUUUUAGGGUUUUGUCGUGCAGACUUCUCAAAAGGACUAUCGUAUCAUUUCUAGUGACGUCUGUCAAUCAGUUCAAUUCUUGCCAUAAAGCAGAUCAGUGCAAACCUGCAUUAACAAACAUUCCUGUAGAGAAGAAAACAAAAUCAUUGGAUAUCAUAUAUACUGUCAGUCAUACAUUUCAAAUUGUCACCAAAACCAGUUUCUCAAGCAAGAUUUGCAAAUGUUUCUUUUAUGAUCCUGACAGUAAACGAACACCGUAAGGAUGGAUUAUUUUCUCGCAAGCUCCUAUAUAAAGCAUCUAAAUACUCAAACCAACUGAGAAAGCAUUAAAAUUGAUAGAGAAGUUUGUGAUAAGCCACAUUUGAGGAUAUUGAGUCUUUCUAGAAGUCUGUGUAGGAACACUACAUAAAUUAGUCUUUGGGGUCAUUGCACUGGUUCAAAUGUGGUAAAUUGGGCUACUUUAGUGAUCCUGACAUGGACAAGUCAGAACUAUGCUUGUAUUUUAGACAAAGGUCAAGCUAAUGAACUCGUAUACGAUCAUUCCCACCGAAUUACAGAACACUACUUGAUAAAAACAGUGUUUUAGCCCUGAUGGUAUGUAUACUUAACACUUGGUUCUCAUUUUUUAUGUCUUUUUGUAACUUUGUGUUUUUUUUUUUAUGUCAGAUAUUUUGGGAUUUAUGUUUUGUACGGCUGUAGCAUUGUGAUUGUCUUUGCUGUUAACUGGAGAAAUGCAAAUGGACCAAUUAGUGGACGUUGGACGUUUUGUGUAUUUUUAUUGUGCACUUUUUAAACUACUGCUUCCAUCCAUUAGGGGAUUUUUUGUUACUUGUUUUCUUUUCUCUUUUUUUUUUUUGCAAAUGCAUUCAGUUCUGAUGGAUGUUUUGUCUUACUGUAGCUUGUGUAUCCUAACAGAUGACGGCAUCCAUCUGCCUACACUGAACUGUAAGAGCGUCAUCGACGUAUGAAAAUGGAAGAUUUUGGUGUAACCUCCGUUCCUCCACACUGCUUUACUUUAAAAUCGAUUAUCUUCCACUGCAUGUGUUUUCAUUUAUCACACGGUUAUAUGCCUGAGUCUGAUGAUGUGGCCAACAAUAUCACAAUAUCAAGUUUGUAUAUGGGAAUCUGUUAUUAAAACCUCAAAUACUCA